CCUUAUUAUUUGCUAAUAUAGGUUCUUUCUUCAUUUUGUUGCAACAAAAAUUCAGUUUUUCUCUUCACUUUUGAACUGGGAAGAACUCCAAAGAGGGCAGAUUCGGUUUACUUGAGUAAGUUUUUAUUUGCCUCAACUCUCAUUAAUCUCAUCCAUCCUGUUGAAAAUAUUGGCUACUAUAUGGAGUGGGAAUGGCUAAGAGAGUUUUGUAAAGGAAUGAUAAAACCGCUGCUGGCGCUAUCGGUGGCGGUAAUGGGAAUGGUAUUAGCCCACUGGCAGAAGUUGGGAUUGGUGGGGGAUACCGCCUACUCAGUUCUCAGGGGUUUGAUUCAGAUAUCCGCCAUUGGGUUUGUUCUUCACUUCCUUUUCCAUCAGCAAAGUAGUCUUUGGAUUGUGGGUUACUAUCUUUUUAUGGUUUGUGUAGCCGGUUACACGGCCGGACAGCGAGCCAAGCACGUGCCUCGCGGCAAGUACGUGGCAGGAAUGUCCAUCUUAGCUGGAACUUCCGUGCCACUGUCAAUUUUAAUUACAUUGAAGACUGUCAGUUUCACGCCAAGGUAUAUUAUCCCUCUUUCAGGGUUGAUUGUCGGAACCGCGAUGAAUGUUACCGGUAUUACAAUGAAAAGACUCCGGGAUGACAUCAAGUUGCAAACAGUCCUGGUGGAAACAGCACUAGCACUUGGGGCAACUCCCCGUCAGGCUACUAUGUUACAAGUGAAGAGAUCCGUCAUUAUUGCCCUUUCUCCGGCGCUGGACAAUGCCAAGACGCUCGGACUCGUGACGUUUCCCGGUGGAAUGACGGGGAUGAUGCUUGCAGGAGCUUCACCAACGGAAGCGAUUAAACUCCAAUUAGUGAUAAUGAACUUGAUAAUUGGAGCUUCUACAUUGAGCAGCAUCACGUCAACUUAUCUAAGUCGGCCAUGUUUAUUUACGGAAGCUCAUCAGCUACAAACCAACGCGUUCAUUUCAGAUUGACACUACUGGGCUUUCCUUUUCACAUUGAGCAUUAUUGGGCUUGGUGGGAUUUUAGGACCCAUUUCUUCCUUUUCCAACAUCUUGUUUUACAUACAUCCAAUGGGCUUGUUCUUGUUUGCUUCAUGCUUUCAGCCUCCACUGGCUCUUUAUUUUUUAACAUUUCACUCACUUUUUCUACUGUCACUUCAACUUUCGUAAUAAUGCUCAUAAUCACUUGCAUUCAUUUCGUCUAAACUCUCCAGUGAAAACUAACCACGAAGAAUAUAUAAAGAUAACCAGUUAGUAUUAUCCUGUGUAAAAUACUCUUAUUAGAGCAUCUAUAAUGGUGGUAAAUAACCACUUUAUUACACUAUUUCUCAUUGUGUUGAGUGUAAUAAUAUUAUACAGUGUAAGAAUUCUUACACCGUAUAAUACAUUUUUUAGUAUUAAAAUAUAAUUAAUGUGUGUUUAUGAUGAUAUUAAAACUAUUUCAUUUUAUUAGACUUUUACAGUGUAA